AGAUGAAGCGCCCGCCCGGCGGGUUCCUGCCUGACUCGCGGUGGUUCGGCUCUGGACUUCCGACUGCUUGACCAUGCCCUCCGACCAGUCGCUACUGGCUGUCACCUGCACCGCUCCGGUCAACAUCGCGGUCAUCAAGUACUGGGGGAAGCGAGAUGAGGAAUUGAUCCUGCCCCUCAACUCCUCUCUGAGUGUCACUGUGCACCAGGACCAGCUAAGAACCACCACGACGGCCGCCAUCAGCAAGGACUUCACGGAGGACCGGGUCUGGCUGAAUGGCCUGGAGGAGGAUGUGGGGCAGCCACGCCUCCAGGCCUGCUUGAGGGAGAUCCGCCGCCUGGCUCGGAAGCGCACCAGCACUGGAGACGGGGACCCGCCGCCCCCCAGCCUCAGCGACAGGGUGCACGUGGCCUCCGUGAACAACUUCCCCACAGCCGCAGGCCUGGCCUCCUCGGCAGCAGGCUUUGCCUGCCUGGCCUACACCCUGGCCCGAGUCUAUGGGGUCGAGGACGACCUCUCGGAAGUGGCUCGCCAGGGCUCAGGCAGCGCGUGCCGCAGCCUGUACGGGGGCUUCGUCGAGUGGCAGAUGGGGCAGCGGGCAGAUGGCAAGGACAGUGUUGCUCGGCAGGUGGCCCCUGAGUCGCACUGGCCCCAGCUCCGAGUCCUCAUCCUGGUGGUGAGCGCCGAGCGGAAGCCGACGGGCAGCACAGUGGGCAUGCAGACCAGCGUGCAGACCAGUGCCCUGCUCAAGUUCCGGGCCGAGGCACUGGUGCCGGCACGUAUGGUGGAGAUGGCCCGCUGCGUCCGGGAGCGAGACUUCCCGGGUUUCGCCGAGCUCACCAUGAAGGACAGCAACCAGUUUCAUGCCACCUGCCUGGACACCUUCCCGCCCAUCUCCUACCUCAACGACACAUCCCGACGCAUCGUGCAGCUGGUGCACCGCUUCAAUGCCCACCACGGGCAGACAAAGGUGGCGUACACAUUUGACGCGGGCCCCAACGCUGUGCUCUUCACUCUGGAAGACACCAUGGCUGAGAUUGUGGCCGUUGUGAGGCAUGCCUUCCCCCCAGAGGCAAAUGGGGACAAGUUUCUGAAGGGGCUGCCGGUGACACCUGUCCCUGUCUCUGAUGAGCUGAAGGCCACGCUGGCCAUGGAGCCUGCCCCUGGAGGUGUCCAGUAUGUCAUCGCCACGCAGGUAGGCCCAGGGCCGCAAGUCCUGAAUGACCCAGAUGCUCACCUCCUGGGGCCCGAUGGCCUGCCAAAGCCCAGGCUGGCCGCCUGAGCCUGCUGCUGUAUGCUGUCAGCCGCUCAAGCUGCUUGCUGGGACCAGGGGCAGGUGUGAUGGCGAGGCCACAUGUGUACCCACAGAGCUUUCAGCUGUGGCCCUGGUCAUCGCCGGCUGUCCCCCAAGUGCCUCACUGGUUCCCUGUGGUACUUCGCUCAGGUGGGCAUUGGACUGAGCCCUGUGGAGGGGCUCCCUGACCCAGCUGCUGUACUGAGGUUUGCAGGACAGGGGCUCCUGAGGAGGUGCCUUCCGGUGGGGCUCCCGGCAGGAAACCUAGCCAGCUGCACCUCUGAGACUCCCGGACGCUGCACUCAGGCCACAGUGCGAAUGGGAAUGGGAUGUUUUUAAAAAUACCAGUACAUAUUGAGCUGAUGGCAUAUGCCUGUCACCCCAGCACUCUUGAGAGGCUAAGGCAGGAGGAUCGCAAGUUCAGGUCUAGUCUGGGUAAUGUAGUGACUUAGAUCCUGUCUCACUAAAAAAAAAAAAAAAAAAAAAAAAAGAAAUGCAGAGGAUGUACAGCUCUGGGUUCAACCCCUAGUCCUGCCACAAAUCAAAACAUAUACCUAAAAAGAAAUCAAAAGCCCAUACCACAGAAUAAAGGUGUUGGUUACCACCG